AGUUUAAAGCCGUGGGUACCAUUUUCCUUGCACCAAACAUAACCAAAUCCAAUCUUUUUGACAAAAGAUUGGUUACUUUCGAACCUCGAGUCUCUGUCUAAAGACAUAAUGUUUUAAGCCGUGGGUAUUCUUUUGUCUAAAGAUUGAAACAAGACACCGAACAUGAUCCAUAUGUGUAGUGAGUUUCAAGUCGAGGGUACCAAGAAGGAUCAACAGAAACUUGUAUUAUAAAUCUACUUAACGAUGGGAAGACAAGCUGAAUUUUUGGAAUCGCUAACGAUCAAUGAUGGGAUCCAAAAUCCGGUUAGUUUAACAUCGUCUUGUAAGUUUAUUAUCCAAAUUUCCAUUGUUUAAAAUUAUAAGUCUCUGUCUAAUGACUUAUAAUGUUUUAAGCCGUGAGUGUUUCUUUAUCUAAAGAUUGAAACAAGAAACUGAACAUGAUCCAUUUGUCUAGUGAUUUUCAAGCCGUGUGUACCAAGAAGGAUCAAUGUCGAAUCUCAAGUCUCAGACUAAGUUUGAAGCCGUGGGUACCAUUUUCCGUGCACCAAACAUAACCCAAUCCAAUCUUUUGUCUAAAGGAUUGGUUACUUCGAACCUCAAGUCUCUGUCUUAAGACUUUCUUAAGCCGUGGGUAACUUGAUCUUUGUCUAAAGACUGAAACAAGAAACCGAACAUGAUCCAUAUGUCUAGAGAUUUUAAAGUCGUGGCUAACAAGAAGGAUCAAUGUUCACUCUCAAGUCUUAAUCUUAAUACCAAAGUUUGAAGCCGUGGGUACCAUCUUCCUUCCACCAAACAUAAGCCAAUCCAAUCUUUUGUCUAAAGAAUUGGUUAUUUUGAACCUCAAGUCUCUGUGUAAAGACUUUUUUAAGCCGUGGGUAA